AUUUAUAUAUUCCAAAGUAAUAAUUUUGAGUGCAUGACACGCUUAAUCAGGACAAGGGGCUUACCAUAUGAAAUCGGGAACAGCCAUGAACCACUAGAUUUGAAUAAAGCUAGGAUAUUGAAAGCACCAAUUCAAUCACUUUGGACACAUCAGACCAUCCUUAAAGAACGUACACUCACAGAAAGCAGAAAAGAAUAUUUGAGUUGCUUCUCAAACGUUUUAAAAGUAUCUAACAAGACGUGUUAAUCGUCUAGAUGCCUCUGCAUUACCAAACAUCACAGGUAAAGUGGAGUUUUGAGAUCGAAUAGUUAGAUUUUGCAGGGGUGCACAUUCAAAGGCUAUUGAGCAAUGGCGGCACAAGAUAUUUGCAGGUUGAGCGAAUUACCAGAAAGUUUAGUCUGCUCUAACAUCCUCUUACGCCUACCUCUAACUGAUGCUGUACGCUCUUCCAUUCUCUGCAGUCAAUGGCGAUACCAUUGGACAAGAAUUCCCCAUCUUCAUUUCUCUCCUCACUUUUUCACCCACAUGAGAAGGUCUGUAAGGCGUCAUCGUAUUCUCGGUCGAGAAGCUAUUACACAUAUCAAAGAGACCAUGGAGCAUAUUCUUAUCAACCACAAAGCCCCUCUUGAAUGCUUUCUGUUGUACAUCCCUAACAAGUUUUUCAGGAAUGGUUUGUCCAGAAGAUUCAUCGAAGCAUUGGACAUUAAGGAAUGCAUUGACACUGUAGCCCAAAAAGGAGUGGAACGGAUGUUUCUUGAAGCCGUUGCCCAUCCAUGGCAGAAGAAAGUGUCUCUACCCAUUACUAUUUUCGGUUGUAAAACCCUUCUAUACCUGCAACUCGUAGGCUUCAUCUUUCCAGAAGUUCCCAUUCUUGUUGAAAAUUUCAAGUUGCUGAGGGUUUGUGUGUUAGCCAAUAUUCAAAAUUUGACAGAGCACAGUCUCCAGAGACUUGUAGAGUUAUGCCCUGUUCUUGAGAAAUUGGUGCUUGUAAGUUGUCAAGAGUUAGUUCAUUUGAAAAUCCAAGCUCCCAAUCUCAACUGUUUGAUUUUAGCAGGUUGUUCUUCUCUAGAAUCCUUGACAGCAGACUGUCCACAAUUACUCCUGCUCAAAAUAAGGAAAGUUUUGAAGUUGCAUGAAUUAUAGAUAAAUUCUUAUAGUUUGGUUGAGCUCAAUAUAAAGGAUUGCAACCAAUUAGCUAAACUGCAGCUAAAUUCUUGCGUGCUUGUAAAGAGGGUUGGGUCUGUUGAAGGACAGUCAAUUAGAUCAUUUUCAGAUGUGCAAUCGUUGAGAAAACUAUCUCUGGAAGGCCUGAAAAAUUUCCCGGAGGUUAAAUUUGUUGGCAUCUUUCCAGGCCUUGAAGAACUCAAUGUAUCCCCACGCAUGAUGGGCACUGCAGUGGAAAGAGGAAAUGAGUUGGAUGAGAAGGUAAGAGAUUUGAUGUUUCCAAAACUGAAUAAUGUAUAUAUGGAUCUUCCAUAUCUUGAAACAGAAGAUGAAUUAACCUGGAAUCUUUCAUAUAAUGAAAGAAAAGAUGUAUUAGCCAGGUUAGAUUUCCUCCUCAGAAAUUCUCCUUUGUUGAAAAAAUUGACACUAAAUCUGUCAUACUGCCCUGAAAGUUUGAAAAAUAAAUUGCUAGGCUUGAAAAGAGGAUCUGUGGAAAUAAACAUAUUGAAUGAGGGCAAGAAUGAAAGGGAAUGUUCAAUGGUCGGUGAAGGUCUUGAUAGAUGUGGGUAUUUCUGGUAUGCGAAUGAAUUAGAAGAUUCAGAGGAUGAGAAUGAAGUAGAAGGUUCAGAGGAUGAGAAUGAGAUUUAUGGUGUGGAUGAUUAUGAGGAGCCAGAUUAUAACGAUUAUGAAGUUUUUGAGGUUUAUGAUUCUCCUUUUUGAGUCGGUUUUAUUUGCUCAUGUAUUGUGAUAAGGUUAUAUGAGUGUUUUGGUAUUUUAGAUUCUGUUAGGAGUUAGUCAGUUUAGAAAAUGAUGCUCUCAAGGCAAUGCUUACCAUCUGGAGCCUUUCAAUCUCUGUGUUCCAUAUUACAUUCCUCAGGCACACGGGAUUAUGCAGGUUUUGCCUCCUCCAGUAUAGGGGUUCAUAGUUUUCUCUCUAUCAGUUUUCUCUUCUAUCAACACCCAGAAUUCUAUGUGAGUAACUAAUAUGUGACUGCAGGGAAGAUGGUUGGUUCAUUCUUUUGCAGUUCUUCUGCUGUUAUGGCUGCUUCACAGUCACUUACAUGGUACCAUUUUGAAUGCAAGAGAGCCACUUUUUGCUUGGUUU